AACCAGGCAGCGGCUGCCGAGGCGGAAGCGAAAGCAAAAGCGAAAGCCCAGGAGCCUGGCCGCCCCGGGCUGGCGGAGCCUCGCCCGCCGGCAGAGGCGAGACGGAGCGGAGGCCGCGCGAGGGGACCUCAGAGCUCAGCCCUCGGCACGCCAGCAAAGAGCCCGGGAGCCGCCACUGAUCUCGCCAUGUGGCGCCCGGACCUGAGACCCUGGGCCUCCCUGCUGCUGGCGGACUUGGCCUUGCUCUGGCUGCUGCAGGGGCCCCUGGGGGCCCUGCUUCCCCGCGGGCUUCCCGGCCUGUGGCUGGAGGGCGCCUUGCGGCUCAGUGGACUUUGGGGGCUGCUGAGGCUGGGGGGGCUGCUGGGGUGUGUGGAAGCGCUGCUGCCCGCCAUCUGCCUGGUGAUCCCCCUGUUUCUCUCCUUGCGGGCUCUGGUCCCGGGGGCCUUGAGCGCCCCUCCGGUCAGAGUGGCUGCAGCGCCCUGGGCCUGGCUGCUGCUGGGCUAUGGGGCGGUGGGGCUGAGCAGCGCCCUGUGGGCCGUGCUGAGCCCUCCAGGAGCCAAGGCCGAGGGGCAGGGCCAGAACAGAGUCUUGAUGUGGCGGCUGCUGAAGCUCUCCUGGCCUGACCUGCCUUUCCUGGUGGCCGCCUUCUCCUUCCUCUCUCUGGCGGUGUUGGGUGAGACCGUGAUCCCUUACUAUUCUGGCCGUGUGAUUGACAUCCUGGGGGGCGACUUUGAUCCUGAUGCCUUUGCCAGUGCCAUCUUUUUCAUGUGUCUCUUCUCUUUUGGGAGCUCACUGUGUGCAGGCUGCCGAGGAAGCAUCUUCCUCUUCACCAUGUCCAGAAUCAACCUGCGGAUCCGGGAGAUGCUUUUCUCCUCCCUCCUGCGCCAGGACCUCCCUUUCUUCCAAGAGACUAAGACAGGGGAGCUGAAUUCCCGGCUGAGCUCAGAUACCAAACUGAUGAGUUCUUGGCUUCCUAUGAACACCAAUGUGAUGUCUCGAAGCCUGGUGAAAGUGCUGGGACUUUACAGCUUCAUGCUCAAGCUGUCACCUCGACUCACCUUCCUCUCUCUGUUCGAGGUGCCUCUCAUGAUAGCGGCUGAAAAGGUGUACAAUGUCCGCCAUCAGGCAGUCCUUUGGGAGAUCCAGGAUGCUAUGGCAAAAGCUGGGCAGGUGGUACGGGAGUCUGUUGGAGGGCUGCAGACCGUGCGCAGUUUUGGAGCCGAGGAGCAAGAGGUCCGUCGCUAUAAGGAGGCCCUUGAACGAUGCCGGCAGCUGUGGUGGCGACGGGACCUGGAACAGGCCCUCUAUCUGCUCUUAAGGAGGACGCUGCACUUGGCGACGCAGGUGCUCUUGCUGAACUGUGCGCUGCAGCAGAUCCUGGCCGGGGACCUCACCCGCGGCGGGCUCCUCUCCUUCCUGCUCUACCAGGAGGACGUGGGCGACUACGUGCAUACCCUGGUGUACAUGUUUGGGGACAUGCUGAGCAACGUGGGGGCAGCCGAGAAGGUGUUCCGCUACCUGGACCGAAAGCCAGAUCUGCCUCCACCGGGGACUCUGGCCCCAUCGACUCUGCAGGGCUUGGUGAAUUUCCAGAACGUCUCCUUUGUGUAUCCCAGUCGCCCUGACCAGCCUGCGCUCCAGGAUCUGACGUUCACCCUGAGUCCUGGGCAGAUGACGGCGCUGGUGGGGCCCAACGGGUCUGGGAAGAGCACGGUGGCCGCGCUGCUGCAGAAUCUGUACCAGCCCACCGAGGGCCAGGUGCUGCUGGACGGGGCGCCGGUCUCCGAGUAUGAGCACCACUACCUACACCGUCAGGUGGUCUUGGUCGGGCAGGAGCCCGUGCUGUUCUCCGGCUCGGUGAGGGACAACAUCACCUACGGCCUGAAGGGCUGCAGCGACGAGAAGGUGCUGGCGGCGGCCCGCGCGGCCCGGGCGGAGGAGUUCAUCCGCGAGCUGGAGCUCGGGCUCGAUACAGAGGUCGGGGAGAAAGGCAGCCAGCUGGCGGUGGGGCAGAAGCAACGUCUGGCCAUCGCCCGGGCCCUCGUGCGGGACCCCCGCGUCCUCAUCCUGGAUGAAGCCACCAGUGCCCUGGACGUGGAGUGUGAGCAGGCGCUGCAGGACUGGAGAGCGCACGGGGCCCGCACCGUGCUGGUGAUCGCCCACAGGCUGCAGACGGUUCAGAGCGCCGACCAGGUCCUGGUGCUGAGGCAGGGCCGGCUGCAGGGCCCCGAGCAGCUCGUGGACGGGCAGGACCUCUACUCCUGGCUGGUGCAGCAGAACCAGAGUGUGGAGACCCCAGACACGCCCGGCCCUGCCCAGGGCCACCGCAGCGCCCCGGAGUAGCUCCUGCCUUGGGUUUUCCUGGCUGGUUGUUUUUGGAGCUGGAUUUAGACCGUGGGUACUACUGCUGGGGCCGUGGGAGGGUGGGGAUUGGGAGAUGUGGUAUCUGUCUGCAACCAGGAACCUUGUUAGUUACUUGACGAACAGAGCCUUGCCUGGUGCAGAGUACUGUAUUGUGGCAUCUUGAAUAUAUUUAAAACUAUUUUUUCUUACAUAAAUAGCAUACAUUUGUAUAGUAAAUUUAGACAAGAGCCAGGUAAGAAGGGGAAAAGUAAAAUUAUGCACUGUUUCAUGUCCCAGAGAUAAUCACCAUGACUAUUUUGCUGGCUGUCUGAUCAGUCUUUGGAUUGUUCUUUGAGAUACAUAAAUAUUCAUGAGUUUCCCCUUCCCUGUAUUUUUCUCAGUUCCCACCAGGGUCUGAUAUUUUGGGGACCACUAGGAUAUGGAGGGGCAGAGCACUGUUCCCUAAUUAACAAUAUUAAUAAAACUUUGAUAACA